AUGAAAUUUUUGCUCCUUGUUCUGCUCACCCUUUCUGGCCUCACAGUGGCCAAAGUGUUUCAAGUUCCACUUGUAAAAGUUGAAUCAAAUAUGGUUCAAAUGAUUCGCAAAGGAACAUGGCCAGCAUAUCUCAGGAAGAUGAAUGCAAGACGAUUGGAUUUGAACCUAGACGGGAAGGGAACAUAUCACACAGAUGCGUACGACAUUCACGACAUGGAGUACAUGGCAAACAUCACGAUAGGUAACCCCGAGCAGAGUUUCCUGGUCGUACCCGACACAGGAUCCGCGGAUUUUUGGGUGAUUGAUCAUCUGUGCAGUGCAGGAUCACCACCAGUAUGCCUACAGUCCAAAUGUGAUCCCGGAAAGGUAUGCACGGCCUUUUGUCCUGAUAAAUCGUGUUGCAAGAGGAAAAGAGUGGGACCCGGGGAGGCUUGCAAAGGGAAACACUUCUUCGAUGAACGUAAAUCCACAACUUAUUCUGAAAUACCCGGAAGGUGGAGCAUUUUUUACGGAACUGGAGAUGCUACGGGGUUUUAUGGGAACGACACAGUAAGGAUUGGCGGCAGUGGUGACGAUCGCCUUACCAUUCCUGGCUGUAAAAUUGGUCAAGCCGAAGUAAUAGCGCCAUUUUUUGCUACACACAAAACUGAAGGAGUCCUUGGACUGGCAUUUUCCAAACUUUCCUCAAAUCCUGUAGCUCCAGUUUUCGAACGAGCUUUUACGCUUGGCUUAGUCGAUCCUGUGUUCACCGUCUACUUUAAGAGCAUGGGAUACCAAUCAAAUGGUGAUGUCGGCGGCGUAUUCACAUUCGGAGGACUAGACACAGAGCACUGCGGUGACGUAAUCGCAUACGAAAAACUCACUCAAACGUCGUUUUGGCAGUUCAAGCUGAGAGGCGUCAAAGCAGGCCAAUUCUCAAGCCAAGUUGGAUGGGAAGUCUUUUCCGACACAGGUGCAUCACUUAUUGCUGCACCAGUGGAGGUUGCAAACAGGAUCACCAAGGAACUUAAUGCGACGUAUAAUCCCGAUACGGAGCUCUACUAUGUCAACUGCUAUUCGAAACCGAGUAUUACUCUCACCAUCGGAGAAAACGACUACACCAUUGAAGCAGAAAACCUUGUUAUAAAGAUCAACGAAGACAGAUGUCUUUUAGCAUUGUUCGAUUUCGCUCCUUUCAUUGGUCCGACAUGGGUCCUUAGUGACCCCUUUAUUAGACAGUACUGUAAUAUUCACGACAUGGGACAAAAGGCUAUCGGAUUUGCCAAAGCGAAGAAGUAA